CUAGAACGGGGGGAGGGGGAAGGUAGGUGGAGAGGUUGGGCAAGCAUGAGGCUUUGUUGAGGGCUGGACGGGAGCGAGCUGAGAUUGGGGUUUACGGUUGGCUCGGCCAAGCUCAGGUUCAGGGUUGGACUUCUGUGAGGAAGAGUCUUGUAGAGAGGAAAAGCUGGGCUGAGAGCUAUGUGGGUCAGGACGAGAAUGACGAUUGAAAGGUGGACUAAGGAAAAGAGUGAGGACAAUGCCAACAUCUGGGAUGAGAGCAGCAGUGAUGUGAACAGGUUACCCAGCUGGGAAAGAGGACAUCUGCUGGCUGCUGUGGCGUCCAGCACUGACACAUCUACCUUCUCCUCUGAAGGUGAAUUCAAGGACAUUGACAGGUGCUGCUGGAAACACAAGCAGUGCACAGGGCAUCUCAUCCACCCCUUCACCUCCGACUAUGGUCACUACAAACUGCACCUGCACUCCAUCAGCCACUGUGGCUGUGACUGCAGGGUGAAGGACUACUCAGAGAAGACAAAUAGCAGCAGCUCCCGAGAUGUAGGCCCAACCUGUUCCCGAGAUGUGGGCUCAACCUGUCUCAACAUCAUCCAGACCCCUUGCUUCGCAAAGCUCAUCCCAGAGGAGGAGUGCGUGGAGCGGUUCUGGUACGGCUGGUGCAAGAGCUACAGGCCCGUCUCUGUGGCAGUGAUCCACCAUCCCAUCCACCACGAGUGUGGGGCAGAUGACCUAAAUGAAGAAGAGGAAGAGGAGGAAGAAAGCAAGCCUCCCAUCCCGAUCCAGGUGGGGCCCACCACCACCGCACCCACCGACACAGGCAGAGGAAUGGGCACAAUCACGGGUACCCCGGACUCAGCAGCUCCCAUCACCAUCUGGCGCUCUGAGAGUCCCACGGGGAAGUCCCAGGGCAGCAAAAUUAUCAAGAAGGUCAAGAAGAAAAAUGAAAAAGAGAAAAGCGAAGAGGAGAUAGACGAGAAGGCAAAGCUGAAGAAAAAAGUCAAGAAAGGCAAGCUGACUAAAAAGAAAAGCCCAGUUAAGUCGGAACCUUCGCCUCCAGACUUGAGCAGAUCAGCAAGCCCAAGGGAACUGGCCAGGAUGUCAGAGUCCAGCCCCGACAGCAGGGAGGACCUGGAGAGUGAGGACAGUUACACCGACCAAAGGCGGGAGGAGCCCUUCAGCGAUGAUGUUGUGGAGUCAUCACCCAGAAAGAGAGAGAAGAACACAGUCCAGGCCAAGAAAGUUGGAGCGAAGCCCUCUCCAGUCAAGGUCAUCAAGAGGAAAUCUCCCCCAGCAUCAAACCUCGGUUGAGGCCAGGGCGACCGGGGUGAAGAAUAAAUACGAUCAAGCCUGUAGCUGACCCCCUGCUGCCGUUCUCUCUCCCUCCAACUUGGCUACUUCUGUGGGUAGAGGGUGGGCUCUGGGCAUAGCUGGAACCAAGGGGCUAGACGGCUGCAGGGGUUUCUAAAGGGCAACCCAUCUUUCAAGAGGAAGCCCGUGUGAAGGUAGGUCGGAGGGCAGGGGAAGGGACUGUAACAGCCUCUAACAUCCCGGGCCCAGGGCAGGAGAGCACAGCUGGGUGGGGUGGGAAGGAGGCCUCCGUCCACUGGGAGACUGGUCUCUGUUACAUCCACUCAGGGACAGGCAGGACUGCCUGUAGGGAUACCCCUAAUAAACUGAACCUUU